ACUCUCCGUUUUAAAAUCAAGACACGGCUAUUUCUCAAAACAGCCUGUUCUACUUUUUUGAACCCAACAGGAAACAUUUGGAUCAAAACUUUUUUAUUUUACGUCCAAACAAAGGUUGAGCAGAAAACAGGAGCACAGAUCUAACCAUGGCAUUAAUGAUACUGCCCUUCAUCGGAGCCGUGUCGGUAUUUGAGGCUCUGAUCGCCCUGACGACGGUGUGUUUGGUCUACCUGACCCUGAAGCAUGCACGCAGAGAGAUUCCUGAGGGGCUCUGUUGGCUCCCCGGUCCUAAAUCGCUUCCUAUCAUUGGGAAUUUGCUGGAGCUUGGCAGCAACCCUCACCUGAGUCUCACUGAACUGAGCAAGAAAUUCGGAGAUGUUUUCCAGAUCCAGAUCGGCACCCGUCCUGUUGUUGUUCUGAGUGGUUAUGAGACUGUCAAGCAGGCUCUCACCAAACAAGGGGACGACUUCUCCGGCAGGCCCGACCUGUACAGCUUUCGCUUCAUCAACAAUGGAAAGAGUCUGGCCUUCAGCACGGAUCAGGCUGGAGUUUGGCGAGCUCGCAGAAAGCUGGCCUACAGCGCCCUGCGUUCGUUCUCCACCCUGGAGGGCAAGACUCCAGAGUACUCCUGUGUGCUGGAGGAGCACAUCUGCAAAGAGUCCGAGCACCUGAUCAAGGAGCUCGACACUGUGAUGACGACUGACGGAAGAUUCGACCCUUUCCGCUACAUCGUUGUCUCUGUGGCCAACGUGAUCUGUGGCAUGUGCUUCGGCCGACGCUACGACCACCAUGACCAGGAGCUGGUCGGCUUAGUGAACCUCGCUGAAGAUUUUGUUCGGGUAACAGGAAAUGGUAACCCGGCAGACUUCAUCCCUAUCCUCCAAUACCUGCCUAACAAGCAGAUGACCAAGUUUAUUGAAAUCAACAAUCGCUUCCAAAACUUUGUUCAAAAGAUCGUCAGUGACCACUACAGCACCUUCGACAAGGACAACAUCCGAGACAUCACAGACUCCCUCAUUGAGCACUGUGAGGACAGGAAGCUGGAUGAGAACUCAAACAUCCAGAUGUCGGAUGAGAAGGUUGUAGGAAUUGUCAACGAUCUGUUUGGAGCCGGUUUUGACACCAUCUCAACUGGUCUGUCAUGGUCUGUGAUGUAUUUGGUGGCUUAUCCGGAGAUAGAGCAGAGGCUUUUUGAAGAAAUCAAGGAAAAAAUUGGUGUGGAUCGUACUCCCAAGCUUUCUGACAGAAACAACCUGCCGCUGUUGGAGGCCUUCAUACUGGAGCUGUUCCGUCAUUCUUCCUAUUUGCCCUUCACAAUCCCACACUGCACAACCAAAGACACGUCUCUUAACGGCUUCUUCAUUCCCAAAGACACAUGUGUCUUCAUCAAUCAGUGGAAAAUAAACCACGACCCUGAGCUGUGGGACAAUCCAUCCUCUUUUAACCCAGACCGUUUCCUUAGCGCCAACGGUACUGAGGUCAAUAAGGUCGACGGAGAGAAGGUGCUUGUUUUUGGUUUGGGAAGACGGCGAUGCAUCGGCGAGGUUAUCGCGCGAAAUGAAACUUUUCUGUUCUUGGCCAUCAUCAUCCAGAAGCUGCACUUCUACACAUUACCUGGAGAACCCCUGGACCUGACCCCUGAAUACGGCCUCACGAUGAAGCACAAACGCUGCCAUCUGGGAGUCACGCUGAGGGCCAAGCAGUGAAGCUAUCUAGAACCAGUAUGUGAAACUCUGGAGGUCGUUUACACUGACUGAGACGCUGUAGAGUCAUGUUAAAAGUCGGUGAAAGAAGUACUUUUCUACAAAUGUAAUGCACUGGGUGGCUUCUGCGUCUAGAGCUAACGGCGUUGAGGCAAACGUAGAAAACAUGCUCAGUGCAAAUUGUAAAAGGCAUCUACAGUUGUUUUGUUUGUUUAGCUUGCAAAGCAGCAUUUCUGCACAAGAGAUGUUUUAGAAGAUCCAGUGUGACUGGAUGGGCAUUAAUGUAUGAAGGACGCUGUGAUCUACAGCAGAAUCUAAAGUGUGAUGUCAUGCACACUCAUAAGCUAAUCAUUUUCCUUUUGUUAUACUGUAGAUGUCACUAUUGAAGCAGUUUUGUCCCAGAAUGUGAUCAUGCAUGUGCAUCAACAGCUCUUUAUAUUUUACAGGUCAUUUUUACAAUUCAAGCGUGUGUUUAUGUUUGAGGUGAACUUUUUUAUUUGAAAAUUAAUGCAGUUAUACGGUUUUUGGAAGAAUAUUUGAAAGUUGCAUAAUUAUGUUCUUGAUAUACGAGUUAUUGUACAAAAUGUAAAGGUGCAUUAUAAAAAAAUUGUAAUUUUAUCUAAAUAAAUAAAGAAUAAAAUGCUGUAUCCUCA